AUGUUGGCCACAAGCUUAGCACCAAUAGCUUUUGCAAUGUUGAGCAGUGCCAUCUUGGGACAGAGCAUUCGGAGGUUCACCACUUUGGUGGUCUGUCAGAGCCACUAUGAGAAGGGCCCCGGGAAGAAUUUGCCAUUUUCAGUGGAAAAUAAGUGGCGCUUAUUGGUUAUGAUGACCUUAUACUUUGGAUCAGGUUUUGUUGCACCUUUCUUUAUAGUAAGACACCAACUGCUUAAGAAAUAG